AGGCGGCCGGCCAGCUGGAGGCCCUGCUGGAGCAGUGCCGCAGCGAGCAGGCUCUGCAGGCCCUCGCCCUGCUGACGGGCGACGCCUGGGAGCUUACGCUGCGCGCCAGGACCACGCUGCUGACGGGGACGGUCAGGAACGACGCCGCCGACCCCGUCGUCAAGGCGCUGUGGGUCGCGCUGGCGGCCAGGGGCGCCCUCGUCGCGCUGACGGCGCCGGCCCCCGCACCACCCGCCGCCGCCGCCGUCACCGGAGCAGCCCGGGCCAACCCCGACGAGCUCGACGCCCACGAGGCCAGCGCCAGUGGGCCCGACGACAAGCUGCUGGAGAAGCGGGAUGCCCUGCUAGCCGCGAGAGGGGUGAGACGCCUGGUCAAGGUGGUGUGCUCCCGGGACCCCGCCUGGACGCUGAUGCUGCUGGAGCGGGCGGGGCCCUCCGUCGAGGAGCUCGGCAUGACGUUCCCCCUUGAGGAGCACCUGCGCGCGGCGCACGCCAUGCCGCAGCUGCGGAAGCUCUUCAUCUGGGGCGACUUCAUGAAGAUCGAGGCGCAGCCCCCCGUGCUGCCCCCGCUGCCGCCCGCCCACGGCCUGCGCUGGCUGAAGGCGUGGUCCCUCCCCCGGCCGACCCUGCAGUCGCUGCUCCAGGCGCACGCCCACUCCCUGGAGGAGCUGCACCUCAUGGUGGGCCCCGCCGCCCCCGCCGACAGGCCGCAGCUCGCGGCGCGGAUCUGGCCCGUCGUGUGCUCGGACCUCGACACCCUGCUGGGCUGGUGCGGCCUGCGCGCGCUGCGGAGGCUCGUCCUGCGCAGGAAGGGCUACUGGCACACCACGGCCGACUGCCUCCUGCAGCGCCAGGCUGUCAGGAGCGCACUGCCCGGCGUCGAGGUGCUCUGCUGCGACUGCGGCGAUGCGUGCGGCGAGGGAAACGGCCUGUUCAGUCUGUCUCCCAUUUAAAGGCGAUUCAAUUGUCUGAUUUUUGAUUUUCUAGCAUCUAUGCCUUUAUUCAAACGAUAGAAGCUUUACUAAAAUUAUUGCCUCAUUGUCCUGUAAAAGUGCGUCAACAACAAAGAUACGUAAGUUAUAGUACGUAUCCCUGUCUUAUGCUUCUGUUACUCAAUGACCCGGUACACAUUCUAAAAAAUGUCCACCUUUCUCUUUCACUUAUUUGUGAUAAGUGUUGUACUUUAUGUAUGCGUUCAAUACUCAAUUUGUAUUUCUACUUUCUGCGCUGUCUGUUGCUCGUGAUUUGUUUUAACGCUGCCUAUUGUACGUCUAUUAAAACAAGCGCUUUGUCAAAAUCAGUGCGCCCCCUCCCUUUUUAUUUGGUUUAAAUACACAUGUACCUAGUUUA